AUGGGGGCCCUCGAAAAAGAGUUAAGUGUAGGGUUCCAGAUCGCCUCCUUUCGGCCCAAACUCCUGCCGGCAUCCCACCGCCUCCCCGAGGGCCUGACGCCGCGCUUUGGAGACACGGCCUUUGUGCGCGACUGCCUCCGCGCGCACAACUUAUAUAGGGCGAGACACGAAGCCCCGCCCCUCGUCCUGUCCAAUGAGUUGUGCGAACUGGCUCAGUCUUGGGCCAACCAGCUCGCUGACUUAGGCGAGAACUUAUUUUGUCGGAACACGGCGCUCAUUCUCAAAGGCCGGACGUCUGUGGCACCGGAGAUGUCAGGUUCAGUCUCGGGCGCGGAUUUGGAUGUCAAAGGUGACGAAGUGGCAGCUCACUGGUAUAGCACAAUUCGACAUUACAAAUUCAAUAUACCUGAUUUUCUAUUGCAAGCAAAUCAAGGUCCUUUUACGCAAAUGAUUUGGAAAGAUACGGAGAAUUUCGGCGUCGGAAAAGCAAGAACACGCGAUGGCAAGAUCAUGGUAGUUGCCUAUUACUCCCCUCCAGCUCAGGUGCAGAUCGCUUCCUUUCGGCCCAAACUCCUGCCGGCAUCCCACCGCCUCCCCGAAGGCCUGACGCCGCGCUGGGGCGACACGGCCUUUGUGCGCGACUGCCUCCGCGCGCACAACUUAUAUAGGGCGAGACACGAAGCCCCGCCCCUCGUCUUGUCCAAUGAGUUGUGCGAACUGGCUCAGUCUUGGGCCAACCAGCUCGCUCACACCGGCACGUUCAGACACCGUAGCGACCCCGACUUAGGCGAGAACUUAUUCUGUCGGAACACGGCGCUCAUUCUCAAAGGCCGGACGUCUGUGGCACCGGAGAUGUCAGGUUCAGUCUCGCGCGCGGAUUUGGAUGUCAAAGGGGACCCAAAGUGGCAGCCCACUGGUAAAAAGCACAAUUAG